AUGGCGCCAAAAAGGAUACAGAACUGUUCUGAGAUGCGGAUGAAGUUUAAGGCGGGUCCUGCUAUUUACAGCAAGGAUAUUGCGGAAAGAGAUGUAAACAGAUUAAAGGUACCUUAAAGAUCUCACAAAUGAUUUUAAACCUCCGGCACAUAUGCAUCAAAAACUGGAUGGGGGCUUUACCUUUUUACCUUUAAAACAUUUGCAGAGCAAGGUUGACAUCGUGGUUGUCUAUAUUCACUGGGGUAGAGAACUAUUCUUGAAACCAGUUCCAUACCAGCUUCAAGUGACUGAUCAUCUGCUGUCCCUGGGAGUACACUUAAUCAUUGGCUCACACUCCCACGUGAUUCAGCCACAUAGUAUCCAUGGCAACAGGCUGGUAAAGUUCGGUUUGGGCAACUUUUUCUUUCCUCCUGCUCGUGUUCCUGGUGGUAAUGAUCCGGUAAUGUAUCCUUUUAUUUUAAGAGUUCUCUAAAAGUGAAUUUCUACUAUCGCACAAUUUUACGCGUGUAUUUGAUAAAAUAGAGACAAUGUAUGAAAUGUCGCGCGUAAACGUAAUAGUUGAACUUCGCUCUUUUUGCUGGGUGUACUUCUCAAUUAAAGAUUUAAGUAUUAAUUUGUGUAGUUUUAGAUUAUUAUAGAUUCUUUUUAACUAGAUAACCUGAUGUGGUGUAAAAAAUUAUGUUGUGACGUCAUCUAAAUGACAACGCUAUCUUGAGAGUAAAUGAAAUGGAUUAAACUGAAGUUAGGCUAAGGAAAGGACGCCUUAUAACAAAAAAUAGUUGCGCAGAAAAUUUGGGAAAACUAUAGGAAUAAGCGGGGAAGGAAUGCGAUCAUUUCCUGAUCAUGAUUGAUUGUCUCUUUUCCAGAGGAUCUACGGUAGAUUAGGAUUAAAACCAGACGAAGAUCUAAUCGCCAUUUACGAAAAACUUGCUCUAGGAGACGGUGAAUUUUUCAAAACAAGUCAGCUCUUUCGGGUGAAAGUUUCAAGGUAAGCUUGCGUAUAAAGGCUGCAAUAGUUAAUACAUCCAAGUAUAGGCAAAAUUAUCUAGAAGAUAACCGUCCCUACUUAAGCGAAGAGUCUUUGAACCAACUUCAAAGUAAUUCAAAACUGAGUUUAAGCUUACUCACUGUUUCGGUAAUUAGAGUUCGGUAUCUAAACCUCCUUCAUAACACAAAAAGAUGUCCUUUCCUGUUCGUGAAUUUUUCCCAAAACUAGACUCAAAACGUAUUAUCCAUUAUUUAGUUACAUAUUCUGGGCCUGGAUUCACGAUAAUGUGUUUGCUGACUAAUGACAGUCAAAACCUAACUAAAAUGGACGAAUCCCUGAAGGUGUUGAGUGUGUUUUCGAUGCCACCAUGGCAAUAAAAAAUAAUGUUUCACUUGCUUUGGCCUGACUGGUCUGAUUUUAUAUUAAUCUAUCGACUAUCUCUUACAGAAAAGGCGUGGAAUUUGCCGAUUAUUUGCCAGUAAAGCUUGCGUUUGACUCAGCAAAGAAACAAGUGUACAUUAAACCCGAAAAUGAUUUACUCUGGAUUGAAGUUUGUAGUGACGAGGACCCACAGUGUCAAAGAUCGAAUACUUAG